AUGGCUCCUUCUCUUUUCCAAGCUCCAGCAAGCACAGCACCUGCAGUUCACCAUGGCGACGCGGGCAGCCCUCGGGAUUCAAAACUCGCCACGUCGAUUCCUUAUGUCAACUCAACAACUGCUCACUUCCAUAUAUCGCUCCUUCGAAAAUUCGACGAGGUUUAUUACUGCCUCGAACAUGACCCUUCCGAGGACGACCAUACAGAGAACAUUUCCCUCCAAGCUUUCUUGGUCCUUGCCGAGUCUAGGUACCUUCAAUAUCUCAACUUGCUAUCCGACUUUGCGGCAAAGGUCUCUCAGAAAGACAAAUUUGCCAACAUUAUGCCUCUGCCGCCUUGGGAUGUCGCAAUGGUUUUCCACGCCCAUUGUCUCAACCCUUUUAGUUUUACAGCUGAUCUCACCAUGUUGUUCGAAAGACUCCUUGACGCCGGAAUCGAGUUUCCUCUGGGGAGACUUCACAAUCUCGUAAAGGUCGGGACGAAUUCCGACACCGAGAGUCAAUGCCAGUGGGAUAACUACCAUUUGGAGCACGGCCACAACGCAGCAUUGGUCCCAUACCAGCUUUCCCCUGACCUGCCACACGCGCUAGGCGACACGAUUGGCUGGAAGACUGCUGGCAUAUACGUCAAAUGCCCAGGAUGCAACAGCGAAAUGGCCUUUGACUUGACUUCAUUCAGCACCAUGCGACUUAGUGGAAAGCCUCUCACUUGCACCAGUUGCAAUAUCUCAUUCGACGCAACUAGAUUUCCGACGAAUCUGGUCUCCGCAAGUCUCCGCCAACGCAGUUUUGCUGCAAAAAUGGCCAGCGAUAGGUUUUUUGGGCUUGAUUCACCUUCAAACCUAGAAAAGGCAACGGCACGCUAUCGCCAGUUCAUGUUUGUUGACGUUGACAUGGACGACGAGAACGCCAUCGUUCCCACGUUGGAUAUCGAUUUGAUCUGGCAUACUCACCAACUCUUUCCGGUCGAGUAUCGACGUUGGUGUAUCGAAAACCUGAAUAGGUAUGUCAACCACGACGACACAGUCGACGAGGGGGACCUGGCCACGGGUUUCAAUCACACAGUCGAUAUUUGGCUCGAGAAGUAUGGAGAGAAAUAUGAAAUCGUUGAUUUCUGCAAAACCAUACGCCGUGGACGAACAGAUCCCCCAACUACUGAUUAUUGCGAGUAUGGCCCCUUGUGUUGGCCUGGUGGCACUUCGUCUGAACACAUCAACGCUUCCUUCUCAAAGACGGAUCCACUCCUGAGUUGCCGGUUCCGAUGCGGAAAGUGCUCGAAGGCCGACUGCCAUAAGCCGUCAAACCAAGAGGAUCAACUCCUGAGUUGCCGGUUCCGAUGCGGAAAGUGCUCGAAGGCCGACUGCCAUAAGCCGUCAAACCAAGAGGAUCAACUCCUGAGUUGCCGGUUCCGAUGCGGAAAGUGCUCGAAGGCCGACUGCCAUAAGCCGUCAAACCAAGAAGAUCAACUUGUGUCAGAGCGGAAUCAGGGUCAGGUGAAAUACUGCGUUGUGCGGCCAGAAACCAUCCUCAAGAAUGCUAUCUAUCUACAUGGCGGUGAGAAGCAUGUGACCGGCCCUGGUCAUGCCAAGGAAGUUGACAACGAUGGAUUUCGAUAA